AUGAAAAUGGCAAGUUCCCUAGACUUCCCUCCACUUGACCUCCUUGUCUGCCUCAUCUUGGUGCAGCUGCUUACCCCUUGCUCAACUCAGUUUGCUGUGGUUGGACCACCUGGUCCCAUCCUGGCCCUCGUGGGUGAAUAUGCUGAUCUGCCCUGUCAUCUGUCCCCAAAGAUGAGUGCUGAGACCAUGGACCUGAUGUGGGUGAGAUCCAGCCUUACGCAGGUGGUAUAUAUGUAUGUAAACGGGCAGGAAGGAAGAGAAUCAGCAGAGUAUCGAGGGAGAACUUCGAUUUUAAGAGAUGACAUAAUUGAAGGAAAUGCUAUUCUCCGAAUUUAUGGUGUCAGAGCCUCUGACAGAGGAAGCUACUUGUGUUAUUUCCAAGAUGACAACUUCUCAGAAAGAGCCAUGGUGGAGCUGAAGGUUGCAGCACUGGGUUCUGAUUUUCACAUUGAAAUGAAGGGUUAUGAGGAUGGAGGGAUCCAUCUGGAGUGCAUGUAUGGCUGGUAUCCCCAGCCCCAAAUACAGUGGAGAGAUGCCAAGGGAGAUAACAUGCCAGCUGUGGCAGCACCUUUGGCUGCAGAUGGAGUGGGUCUGUAUGCAGUCAUAGCAUCUGUGAUUGUUAAAGGCAGCUCUGGGGAAGGUGUAUCCUGUAUUAUCAGAAAUCCCCUCCUCAGGCAGGAAAAGACCACCAGCAUUUCCGUUGCAGACCCCUUCUGGAAGACCUGGCCAUGGAUCACGGCAUUUGCUGGGGCACUGCUCAUCUUCCUGCUGAUUCUUGCAGUGAUGGGUUACUUUCUGCGGCAACAGCAGAAGGAGAAAGAGAGAGAGCAAGCAGAAAAGGAUCUGGAAGGAGAGGAAAGAGGUAUCAAAUCAGGGAAGGAACCUAAGGCACUGGCUCAAGGGAGGCUCCAGCAUGAACUCAAGUGGAGACGGAUCCAGUACAUGGCUCGUGGAGAGAAGGCUCAAGACUAUGCUGAAUGGAAGAUGGCCCUCUUCCAAUCUGCGGAUGUGAUUCUGGAUCCGGACACAGCAAACCCCUUCCUCCAUGUUUCUGAAGACCAGAGGAGCCUGAUGCGGACAGAGAGAGAACUGUUGGUGUUAUACAAUCCUAGGAGAUUUUAUUGGCAUUUCUGUGUGCUUGGCUGUAAGAGCUUCACAUCAGGGAGACAUUUCUGGGAGGUGGACGUGGGGGACAUGAAAGAAUGGUAUGUCGGUGUGUGUAGGGAGAACGUGGCAAGAGGAUUUUGGGUUAAUAUGGCACCAGAGAAUGGAUUCUGGACUAUUAGCCUGUCUAAUGGGAAAGACUAUGUGGCUCUCACUCUCCCCGAGACAAAUUUGAGAAUUGCAAACCCUCCUCAGAGAGUGGGGGUUUUCCUGGACUAUCAGACUGGUGAGGUCUCAUUCUACAAUGCCACGGAUGGAUCUCAUAUUUACACGUUCCCACACACCUACUUCUCUGAGCCUCUGUGGCCUAUUUUUGGUAUUGAGAAAUCAGAUCCCACUAUUUUGACCAUUUGCCCAGCGCUGACUUGAGUGCAGAGUUCCCUUGUUACUGUGUAUGAUCUUUGCCUGGAGACCCCAGUGCCCUGGGGCUCCGCUGAUGGGAAUGGGGAUUCUCAAGCUGAAGUAACAUCCUUGCUUCUCCCUGCCCAGCCUGGAGCUGAGGGCCUCCUCCUUCACAGCAACACAUCACAACAAUAAAAUACUUACUAAAUGCA